GCAUUUUACGCACUAAGCGCGCCCGAUCCUUCAUCAAACCAAAACCAAGGAAGAGACUGGAGUUGGCGGAGGGUUUCUCGAUGGUGUGGCGACUUCGGUCCUUGGAAAAGUGUGGGAAUUAAUCCAUAAAUAGGCGUAUGAAUCGAGGGUUCCUGCUGUCUGGCAUUGAAUAUAGGACCAGCUUGCUGAGUUUUCUACAGUCUAUCACUUUCAGUAUUAUUAUCGAUAGUUAGUAUUGGGGAGCACUAUUGUUGAAACUGCAGUUAGCAUUAGCAUUCAGUUUCUAAUUGCCAACAGCUGGCUGUCCCAACUGGGAGUUAAUUAUUGCCAGUAGUAUUAAUGUUAACUUGAGUUUACCAAUAGCUUUUUAUCACUACUUAGCAUCAAACCAGGAAUAGUGCUGAGUACACGUCGGCUAGUUAACAUUAGCUUCCAGUAUGGAGCACAGUAGUUGGAGUGGCAGUGAGAGUCCUGGGGAGGACAUGGAAAGACUGAGUGACUCAGGAGGGGACAAGACCAUGGACGGGGACCCUGAGGGGGUCUGGAGCCCCGACAUCGAGCAGAGCUUCCAGGAGGCCCUGGCCAUCUACCCACCCUGUGGAAGGAGGAAGAUUAUACUGUCGGAUGAGGGAAAGAUGUACGGCCGAAAUGAGCUGAUAGCCAGAUACAUCAAACUCCGAACAGGCAAGACAAGAACAAGGAAACAGGUAUCCAGUCAUAUCCAGGUCUUAGCCAGAAGAAAAUCCAGGGAGUUUCAGUCCAAACUAAAGGACCAGAAUGCCAAGGAGAAAGCUCUGCACAGCAUCUCCUCCAUGUCCUCUGCUCAAAUUGUCUCAGCCACUGCCAUACACAGCAAGCUACUGCCUGGAAUUGUACGGGCUAGCUUCCCCAGCAAUGCACAGCUGUGGCAGGGUAUGAUUCCGGGGGGACAGUCCAGCUCCACCACAGAGGAUAUCAAGCCGUUCUCUCAGCAAUCCUACAAUGUGCAGACAGCAGGGACCACCACAAUCUCAGGUUAUGAGCCUCCGACUACAGCCCAAACACACAGAGAGCCAGCAUGGCAAGGUCGCUCCAUCGGCACCACCAAGCUACGGCUGGUGGGGUUUUCCUCUUUCCUGGAGACACAGAGGGACCAGGAGGCAUACAACAAGCACCUGUUUGUGCACAUUAGCCAGAGCAGUCCGAGCUACAGCGACCCACUGCUGGAGUGUGUGGACAUCAGGCAGAUCUAUGACAAGUUCCCAGAAAAGAAGGGGGGGCUCAAGGAGCUGUUUGGCAAGGGCCCACAAAACGCUUUCUACCUGAUUAAGUUUUGGGCGGACCUGAAUUAUAAUGUGCAGGAUGACCCUGCGGCUUUCUAUGGUGUGACCAGCCAGUACGAGAGCUCAGAGAACAUGACCAUCACCUGCUCCACCAAGGUCUGCUCUUUCGGCAAGCAGGUGGUUGAGAAGGUGGAGACGGAGUAUGCAAAGUUUGAAAAUGGGCGUUUCAUCUACAGAAUAAGUCGUUCUCCUAUGUGUGAAUACAUGAUCAACUUCAUCCACAAGCUCAAACACCUGCCUGAGAAAUACAUGAUGAACAGUGUGCUGGAGAACUUCACUAUUCUGCUGGUGGUGAGCAACAGAGACACUCAGGAGACCUUGCUGUGUAUGGCAUGUGUGUUUGAAGUGUCCAACAAUGAGCACGGAGCACAGCACCACAUCUAUCGACUCGUCAAGGAAUAACACACACA